AGUCCCGCCUCGCUCCCGCCGUGUCUUUCUGGGACAUGAAGGCUAUAAAAUGACGGCUGUGUGGAUCAGCGCGGCCACAGUUCCCGGUUCCAGCCCGCCGCUGUAGCCGCCUCGCUCGUCGUUUUCCGCCGCAGAGCUUCACCGGGACGCCGGGCGCCGACAGCCAUGGCCGGGGAGGGCGCGGAGCAGCCCACGCUGCAGUAUGAACAAACUCUGAUGUAUGGGCGUUACACCCAGGACCUCGGGGUGUACGCCAAAGAAGAAGCUGCUCGGCUAAGGGAGAGCAGCCAGAGACGAUCCCUCAGUGACCGCAGCAGAAGUCUCGACCUGCUUGAGUACAAGGGACGCUGUGCAAAGUGUCAGAGGUCAGGGUACCCCUAUGUGCUGCAGGCUCCAGCCCAGGACUUUUACUCGGUCUGCACAGUCCGCUGUCAGAAGUUCCUGAUCUCCCGGGUCGGGGAGGACUGGAUCUUUCUCAUCUUGUUGGGACUCGUCAUGGCCCUGGUCAGUUGGGGAAUGGAUUACUGCAUCGCCAUCUGCCUCGAAGCACAUAAGUGGAUGUAUGGUGGUCUGGACAGCAACGUGUUACUUCAGUAUCUGGCCUGGGUCACGUAUCCUGUGGUUCUCAUCACCUUCUCUGCUGGUUUUACACAGAUUCUGGCACCACAGGCUGUUGGUUCAGGUAUUCCUGAAAUGAAGACAAUCCUGAGAGGAGUGGUACUGAAGGAAUACCUGACCUUCAAGACAUUUGUGGCUAAAGUUAUCGGCCUCACCUGCGCGUUAGGUAGCGGAAUGCCCUUGGGCAAGGAGGGUCCCUUUGUGCACGUCGCCAGUUUGUGUGCAGCUCUGCUCUGCAAGUUCAUGUCCUUGUUUGGAGGAAUAUAUGAGAACGAGUCCAGGAACAUCGAGAUGCUGGCAGCUGCCUGCGCUGUGGGAGUGGGCUGCUGUUUUGCUGCUCCGAUCGGAGGUGUUCUGUUCAGCAUUGAAGUAACCUCCACAUUCUUUGCUGUGAGGAACUACUGGAGAGGGUUUUUUGCAGCCACGUUCAGCGCGUUCAUCUUUAGAGUGCUGGCUGUUUGGAACAGAGAUGAAGAGACCAUCACAGCGCUGUUUAAAACUCGCUUCCGCUUAGACUUUCCCUUUGACCUCCAGGAGCUUCCUGCUUUCGCCGUCAUUGGGAUUGCCAGUGGUUUCGGGGGGGCUUUGUUUGUUUACCUGAACCGGCUGAUUGUACAGUUCAUCCGCACACAGAAGACCAUCAAUCGUUUCCUCAUGAAGAAGCGUCUGCUAUAUCCAGUUCUGGUCACUUUAAUCAUCUCAACUCUAACGUUUCCUCCUGGCUUUGGACAGUUUAUGGCUGGAAAGCUAACGCAAAAGGAGUCUCUGGUGACUCUGCUGGACAACCGAACGUGGGCCAAACAAGGCAUAGCAGAGGAGUUUGACUACAUCGGACACUCCCAAGCCUGGAAACACCCGCAGGUGAACGUCUUCGUCACCUUGGUCCUGUUCAUCGUCAUGAAGUUCUGGAUGUCAGCCCUGGCCACCACCCUCCCAGUGCCCUGUGGAGCGUUCAUGCCUGUUUUUGUCAUAGGAGCAGCCUUUGGUCGCCUUGUUGGAGAAAGCAUGGCAGCUUGGUUCCCAGAUGGUAUCAACACAGAUGGCACCAUUUACCCCAUAGUGCCUGGAGGCUACGCUGUUGUGGGUGCAGCAGCCUUGGCAGGAGCAGUCACUCACACAGUCUCCACCGCCGUCAUCGUGUUUGAGCUGACUGGCCAGAUCUCCCACAUCUUGCCAGUGAUGAUCGCUGUGAUUCUGGCAAAUGCUGUGGCCCAGUCCCUGCAGCCCUCCCUCUACGACUCCAUCAUCAGGAUCAAGAAGCUGCCCUACCUCCCCGAGCUGGGCUGGGGUCACCACGAGAAGUAUAACAUACGUGUGGAGGACAUCAUGGUCCGGGAUGUGCGAUACAUCACCUUGAACUGCACUUAUCGAGACCUUCACAACGUGCUGCUGUCAGGAAACCUCAAGACCCUGGCUCUAGUGGAAACUGCAGAGUCGAUGAUCCUGCUGGGCUCCAUUGAGCAUGCUCAGCUCCAGUCGCUGCUCUCCCAGCAACUCGGUCGCUCCAGACGCCUGGAAUACAUCAGGGAACAAGCUGCUGCCGAGAAAAAGCGCCUGUCUAUGGUGUCGAACACGGGCAGUGAGGAGGACUCUCACCGGGUCAGUCAGGAGGUCCGCUUCCAGAUUUCUACAGAGGAGUCUUCCUUCAGUCCGACUCGUCCAUCACCUCUGAAGCCCCUGAAGCCCGCUCUGAAGAGAUCCAGUGUGGCUGAGAGACCCACCGAACUCCCCACUAGCCCACAUGAAAACUCCGGUAUCGCGCUGAAGAACCUUUUCUGUGGCGUUCCAGACCCAGAAGCCCUGGAGAAAAACAACAAUGAGGAGAGCCCCUCGUCUCCUGAGCACAGGAGGCCGUCCAAACGAGUCCGGAUUUCCAUCGUGCAGGAGCCAGGCCUAAAGAGUUUCCCUUCGGACGAUGGAGACGUGGAGGAUGACAUGACUCUCAGGGAGAUCACAGAGUGGGAAGAGAAGCAGCUUGAUGAGCAGGUCAACUUCAACAACUGCAAGAUUGACCCCGCCCCAUUCCAGCUGGUGGAGCGCACGUCGCUGCAUAAGACUCACACCAUCUUCUCCCUGCUGGGCCUGGACCACGCAUACGUCACCAGCAUUGGGCGGCUCAUCGGCGUCGUCUCUCUUAAAGAGCUUCGUAAAGCCAUUGAGGGGUCAGUGACGGUGAAAGGCGUGAAGGUGCGGCCCCCUCUGGCCAGUUUCAGAGACAGUGGCACCAGCAGCAGUGAGUCGGAGGCCACAGAGCUUCACAAGCUGUGGGAUCGCAACAAGAACAUGUCGUUACCACGAGAACAAACUCCAUCAGAGUCCGACGAGAAGUCACAGUGAGGGACGGUUGAAUAGGAGCAGGUGGAGGACACAAAGGAGGUGGCCUUUCAUCUCCAAUGCCACACCACCAACCAAAUCCUCAGGGCCAAGGAUCAAUAUUUAGUGUGGAGAUGAUUUUUUUCUCCUCGUCUGCUCCUCCUUCUGUGGUUCCAUGUCUGGGAGUCCUGCACUGACCCAGCCUGACACUCCCCAGGAUGAGAGGGCCACGUUGUCCCCCCCCCUGCUCUCCGUUUACCUUUGGGUCCAAAGCUGGGAUUUAGAGGGAAAUUUUAAAAAGGGAUUUUUUUUUGUUUGUUUGUUUUCUUAGGGACGUGAUCAAACUUUGGAUUUGCAAAAAUUACUUUUUGACUGAGUCUUCCACUUAAGCAAUGAAAUUCAGAGGUUUUGACAAGGAAGAACUCUGUAAUUUAUGAAUGUGUGAGUGUGAAUGUGGAUGUAGACAGGAGUGUCAUAGGAGUUUGUUUCACUGGUUUUAGAUUUCAUUUCAGUUUUUUGUUUUUCUGCUUUGACAGAUCAGGUGGUCGAGUUUGAAUAAAAAUCAUCUUGGUUUGUCCAGCUGAAGAGCAUUAAAGAACCAGGAGGCUGAGUGAUGUGUAGCCUCAUCUUCACAUGCUCAUCCUCUCUGUAAGUCUCUAUGUUCAGGUUAAAGAUUAUAUCUAACCUAUGCAAGCAGACGUGUCUGUUGGCUCUCGCUUCCAUUUCAAACCACUGUAGCCGCAGCCUUUUACACAAGGCAAAUGCAUGCAAACCGCCUGGAGUGAUGCACUCCAAAAGAGGAGGUUUUCUCCUCAUCUAAACAUAGCCCUUCAUCAGAAGUCCAGACAAGGUUGAGGCAGAUGGGGGGCAGGAAGGAAGCAGAAAGAGCAAAGGAGUAAAUGGAUUGGUGAAAGAAUGGAGAAGUCAUUACCUAACCAGCUGCUCUGGGUUCUCUCAGGCAUCCGCCUUUGAUCUCACGUUCAUUAGUGUGUAGCAGCCAAACAGAUGUAGCUCCGCCGAGAUGUUGACAUCAGGAACUAUAAAUCUGUGAACCGAUUCAUGCGGAUCAGUGUAGGGAUACUCAACCAGAGGAGUAAAUCAAUCAUGGAGAUCCAUAAUCCAGCAGUGAUUUGACUAUGUAGAUGAGGUUUCUUAUAGGAUUAUACAUGAUCAUGAUAGGAAAUUUGACAGAUUUUCAUAUAAAUCUCUGCAGCAUCAACGUGGGCCCAGUUAAUCUCGUCCUGGAGGCUUUAACAGUUAUGUAGGUUCUGUUUCCUGACAUGACCAAUAGCACAGCAUAGUUGGUGUUUAAUAAUUCAUGUCUCCCAUAAUGCUCCAGGCCGAUCAGCAUGCGCUCUGUUUAUUGACAGACAAACAUUGAUCUGUUUUCCUUUUCCCGGUCCUUCCUUCUUUCUUUCUUUUCCGCUCAUUUAACCAACUUAAUUCAGAAACAAACAUUACAUAAAUGUCCACUGACAGACCAUAAUUCACUGAUUAUCAUCUCAGUCCAAACUGACAACCUUAUAAAAUAUAAAAUAGAUUUUUUUUUUAAUAAUCCUGGGAGAAAUUCUGUUUUUUCUGCAGCUGUUUUUUUUUGGUGAAUCAAAGUGAGACCAGUUUAGUUUGAGCAAGCGGUUUGGUGCAGAUUUACACCUUUGGUUUUAUAAAAUGAGUAUGUUUGAAGGAAUAUGACGCUGCCACGUGAAUCUGGACUAAACCACAUAUGCUGAUCCAUCAUCAUCUUUUUUUGUCUAAAUGACUUGGCAGGUUUUUCCAUGCCUGUGAAAUAUUUUGAAGGCAGUCUUAAGAUAAUAUUGUUUAAAGUGCACCUUUGUCCCCCUUCAUGUGUCCCUUGUGGGACAACUCUUUCCUUUUUGAUGCAUUCCCAGUCCUUCCUGCAGAACACAUUCCUACACUUCAAGUUCUGUGUGCAGAGCAUUUCAUUUUGGUUGGAAGCACCUCAUUUUCCCAGUGAUGGCUGUAGAAGAGCAGCAUGGCUUUGCAUGAGAGACUGCAUGGGGCCUUUGUUUUAUAAAGUGCACUGAAACAGAACUGAGGAUGUAAGGAGUGGACGCCGUCCACGCAGGUUGGCCAUCUUGUGCCUACAUUUCCAAACAGCUUUAUUCAUUGGCUGAAUUUGAACUGAGAUGAGGUUCAAAACUGUGCUUAUUAAUAUAUUUAAUAUCAUUCCUGGAAUCAUAAUUUAAUGUCUUAUCCUUACUUAUGAAGUGCUCUCUUUCUGAAAGAGACCUGGGUUUGUUUUGUAAGAUUUGUUUUUAUUUAUGUCACAUCUGAUGAUUUAAAGUUGAUUUUCAUGCUGUGUAUAAUUUGUAUAUGUAUAUUUAAUAUGCUGUCUAAAACAUUUCUACUAAUAUAAAUGUGUUUUUAAAAACAUGAA